AUGACUACUUCAGUGAUAAAGAGCUGCGUUGUAUGUCGUAAACUUCGUGGACAACCAGAAUGGCAGCAUAUGGCAGAUCUUCCGGAGGAUCGGUGUAGACCAUGUCCCCCAUUUUCUUAUGUGGGUAUCGACACUUUCGGUCCAUGGCCUGUUGUGCAUCGUCGAACUAGGGGUGGAAGUUCAAGUCAGAAACGUUGGGCUAUAUUGUUUACUUGUUUUGUGACAAGGGCCAUUCACAUUGAGGUUAUUGAAGAACUUACCAGUGGUGUAUUCAUAAAUGCUUUGAGGCGUUUCAUCGCAAUCCGUGGUCAAGUCACGCAGUUCCGCUCCGACAGGGGAACAAAUUUUGUCGGUGCAGUAAGUGACCUCACUAUUGAUGCUGAAUUCAUAGAAAGUGGUCCUGUUUCCAAGUUCCUAUCAGAUUCCCGGAUUGUUUGGAAAUUCAACCCCCCACAUGCUCCUCACAUGGGAGGGGCAUGGGAAAGACUCAUUGGUGUCUCAAAGAAGAUUUUGAAUGCUAUGCUACUGGAUCACAGGCAGAAAGACAUUACACAUGACGUACUGAUUACGUUUAUGGCCGAAGUGUGUGCGAUUGUUAACAAUAGACCAUUAACAGAUGUUUCGAGUGACCCAGAGGCUCCGACACUACUUACCCCAUCGAUGCUUCUGACAAUGAAGACCAAACAGGACAUCGAGCCUUUUCCGUCAUUUGGUAGCAAAGAUGCUUUAAAGUCUACAUGGAAGCGCGUGCAAGUGUUGGCCGAAGAAUUUUGGCAUAGAUGGAAAACAGAGUACAUACAUAACCUACAACAUCGUAGGAAGUGGCAAGGUCAUCCUGUGAAUCUAAAGUCCGGGGACUUAGUCCUAAUGAUGGAGGAUGACUCUCCGCGCAAUGAGUGGCCCAUCGGGAUCAUACAAAGAACAUUCUGUAGUCAAGACGGAAAGAUCCGUAAAGCUGAAAUUGCAGUUUGUAAGGACAACAAACGUGUUGUGUAUGUGAGACCUAUUACUCGACUUAUCACCCUUUUAGAGACUGAUUGA